CUCACCUCAACCAGCCACAUUUACGCUGGCAGUAUUGUUAAUACGGCCUUCCACGGCCAUGUUACCGUAGCUCUCAACCGCGUUGAAUAGCUCGACUUCCAAAGAACAAGCCUGCAACGUUUGCUACGGUGUUUAUAUGCGGUCUCCUCUCACGUACCGGUGAAAGGACGCCCUAAACGUUCACAACACGGUGAAAGCGACCGUUCCGCACCCGCCGUUGCAAGCCGCCUGCUGCCGUCCGCAGGCCUGUCACCCGCGAUCCGCAUUGUCAAUCGCAUUGUCAAUCGCAUUGUGAGAAUGCGUCUACCUCGACACCUCGGCGCACAAAAGCAAGCUCUGAGUGCGAUAUUGUCCCCACUACAUAAACUUCCCCGUGUGCGCUCACGCAACAACUCAACCGACACCGACCAGCAACCCGCCGCGAAGAAGCAACGCACCCACCCCAGUCGCCCACAACAAUCCUCGCCGCCCGAAAUGACAGCCGACUCGCUCACCUCUGCGAGCUGGCAGCCGGUCGCCAAGGAUGCCCACUACAAACGUUCGCGCGCCUACAGGAUGACGAAGCCCAUGCUGCGGCACCAGACACGGGCGACUUUCGUUAUUGCCGCCCGCGGCGGCCGUAUGGGCCUCGUGCCGACGAAGAAGACGAGGCCGCCUCUCCGCCAGCGCCGAUACAGCGUGGACGUCAUCACGGGGUACCAGGAGCCCACGGGCCAUGCUGCCACGGAAAGAGAACUCGCUAUGCUAGACGCGCCCGCCAUUUACUUCGAACAGCCGCCGCUUAAGUACCAUGAGACGGACGAGCCGCUUCUGCGUGAGCCUGACUUCAUCCUGCCAGACCCUCGCCGCUUCCCCGACUUCAACCCGAGACGUUUCCUCUACGACGUCUAUCCCAGCAACCACACAUACUUUGAGGGCGAGAAGGCGUCAGUCACGAAUGAGGAUAUCUGGACGAUUCUUCAACGUACCGGGGACCACUCCUGGAUGCGCGAUACUAUCCUGGAUGUUGGUCUCGAGCUCGUCGCCCAGCGCUACGACUGUGAGCGCCGCAAGAUCGCCAUCGCCAACUCCAUGACCGCUGGGCUGCUGUACCUCCCUGGGAAAGCAGGCGACAUUGACGAGAACAACUACGCCAACUAUGGCGACUACGAGGAGCAGUUCCGCGACAAGAAAUACAUCUUUCUCCCGCUCAAUGACGGGUUCGGCGAAACAAAUGGCAGCUUUACCCACGGCUUGCACUGGUCCUUCCUCGCUAUUGAUCGACUCAAGAUGACUGCCCACUUUGUCGACUCCCUCUUGAUUGAUAACUACAGCCAGCAGUUUACGGCGCUGACGGUAAUGAGAGGGGUUGAGAACAUCCUCAACGAGAGCUACGAUUUCACAAUCGAGUGGAACACGCCCCACCAAUGGCGGAACAACAGCUUCGCCGGAGAGGACGCCGGCCCGUGCGGGCCAUUCGUUGUCAAGAUGAUUGACUUGUACGUCCGACACAUUGCCGCAUACCAGGACAACGGACAGGAGGACAAUUGUACCUUGGAUCUUCCCGACGACUUUCCUGAGAGGUUUGAGACUAUGUUCAGCUCUUGGGACGUGCGGGUGAAGCUCAUGAAGGAUAUUGCCAAGGCGAAGGUCAAGGCUGACUCGGCGCGGAUCGAAGCAUUACACAAUUCGCAUGCCCUGUCUGGUCUGGAAGCGGAAGUCGUUGUACUCGACGAGCCGGGGGCACCCUCCAGCCCGGCAUCGACCGUCAUCCAAGAGGAUCCACGCGUCCCAGAAGAAGAGACCCCGGACACCGAGGAGAAACCCGCCAACGACACGCAGCCCCGUAAUCGCCCAUCAUCUCGUCACACUUACGAAAAAUGGUCAGACGACGAGACCGUCACCGGCUAUGAAACCGAUGACGAAGAUGAGCUUGCCGAAAUUAGGCUGACGCCGGAGAAAUCGAGGUCGGGAUCGCCCAGCAAGCAAGCGCAGGAACUCCCGCGGGCCAGGAGUAUCGGCGCAGAAGUUUGAGGAUACUAUCGAGGUUUAUGUUGAGACCGCAAUGCUGUUCGGACACCGUUUGAGCGCUUGGAGGUAUCGACGUUUUGGCUUUUUUGUCUUACAUGCCGGGCGUUUCAUCGUCCUAAACAAUACCCGAGAUACCGGUAGUGAGACCUGCGCAUAUCCAAGAUUAUAGAACAAGAA